UCUUCGCGUUGAGUUCGACCCCGGAAGUUAUGUGGUCAAUUUAUUUAUGCUUUAUGUGGUGGACAAGUAUGCCUGGGACUUUUACAUGGAAAUGCUAUUAUACUUUUAGCUGGUUGGAGCUUACCAGCUCUACAUUAAAUAGAAGCGCUUUCUUAACAAGGAAUCCAAUGGUAUAUGAAACUUACAGUAAAGUAUGACAAAGUUAUGACAACUUUAUGAAGGUCAAUCAACACAAAUAGACUUUAGUUGUGUUUGGUGUCGCAUAAUACUAGCCUCCUUCACUAGCCUCCCCGGCCCUAGCCCGGCCUGAAGAGGAAGAGCGGCCUGGGAUCGAGGCUAGACAUAAUACAAGCUAGUCUCAUGAAUUAGCCGCACUUGGAAAGUGCGGCUGAUUCAUGAGACUAAAUACAAGCCAUUCUCAGUCAGCAAAAAACGAAAAGCAAUUUGGCUGCCGGGAAUGUCAGCAAAAGGUCAAGUGAUGUCUGACCUCUUCCUCUGAGCUGAUUAUGGCAAGUGUGUUGCUCAAGCAGAGGUCUUACAAUUCUCUUAGAACAUCUCUUCAGGUCAUCCUAAGGCCAUGGAUAAGAUUAUCCAUAUCCACAACCAGUGUCAGGGGAGAAUUGUUCAAGUCAGUUCCAGAGCAAACUGUACCUGUGGAGGGAAAAAUCCAAGGAUCCCUUCCUGACUGGCUGAGUGGAAAGCUGAUCAGAAAUGGACCAGGGCUAUUUGAGAUUGGAGACACUAAACUGAACCAUUGGUUCGAUGGAAUGGCUCUGUUGCACAGCUUCACAAUAAAGUCAGGAAAAGUGUUUUAUGCAAGCAAGUUCCUGCGCAGCGACGCCUACACUAAGAACAUGGCUGCCAACAGACUUGUAGUAUCAGAGUUUGGAACAGGAGCUGUCCCAGACCCAUGUAUGACUCUGUUUGAAAGGGUGCAGUCUUAUUUCACAUCGCUAACUGACCCCUCAACGAAAAUAACUGAUAACUGCCUCGUCAAUAUUUGGCCGGCUGGAGACAAGUACAUUGCUUCCACAGAAUCUGAUUUUGUUCACGUCUUCUCCCCAGAAACACUCGAUGCACAACAAAAGAUUCAGCUCUCUAAGUAUGUAGCUGUUAACUCGGCCACUGCUCAUCCGCACAUUGAUGUUGAUGGAACAGUGUACAACCUCGGCAGCUCUGCAAAUGGAUACACCAUCAUCAAGAUACCUCCCACUGGAAAAGAUUCACAUGUGAUGGACAAGGCUAGUGUGUUGUGCGAUGUACCACCAAAGAACAAGCUUAAGCCAGCCUAUAGUCACAGCUUUGGUGCAACUGAGAAUUACUUUGUACUACUAGAGCAGCCUUUUCGCAUCAAUGUACUAAAAGUUAUAAAGGAUGCUCUCCUGAACAAGCCAAUUCUAGCUGACGGAAUAUUUGAAUGGCAGGAAAAUGAGUUGAUCAGAUUCUUUAUUGUGGAGAAGAGCAGUGGUAACAUUCUUCCAGGGAAGUUUUUUGCUCCUACUGGUAUGGUCUUACACCACAUCAAUGCUUAUGAGGACAAAGGUCACGUAGUUGUGGAUGUCUGUGGCUAUGACAACGGUGAGGUACUAUACAGUAACCUAACUCUUGAAGACAUGAACAGUUCGAGAGUUGAAGGUGACGUUACUACAAUUCCCAGACGCUAUGUGCUCCCCAUUGAUCAAACUCUGCAUGAUUCCUCUAAAGAGAACUUAGUAACUCUGGAUUACACUGAAGCCACUGCCCAGCUUCAAGAAGAUGGCAGUAUCUUGUGUCAGCCCGAAUCCAUCUCGGAGAAAUCAUUUGAGUUUCCACGUAUCCACUAUGAGAAAUUCAAUGGAAGGCCUUACCAAUUUGCGUAUGGACUGAAUGAAACAUAUGAGGAUCUCAUCAAGACGGACGUGAAGACCAAGAAGUGCCUAACAUGGUCAGAGAAUGGCUGCAGUGCGUCUGAACCUGUUUUUGUUGGCAAGCCUGAGAGCUCUGGGGAAGAUGACGGAGUAAUCCUGUCGGCUGUUCUCCGCGUGGAUGAGAGUCAGCCACCGUUCCUGCUGGUGCUGGAUGCCAGGACAAUGGCAGAGAUGGCUAGAGUAGAGUUUCCAGGCAUUCAGUGGCACAAAGAUGUCCACGGCAUAUUUGUACCUGCUUCAGCCCUGGAGUGAACCUCUAGCAUUAUUAUAAAUCUAGCACUCACAUGUAAGACUGCUGUGUUUAUUUUUAUACAAAUUAGGAUUAUUUCUCCACUGCAUGGCAUGCAUGCAUGGGUAGGAUUGAGUCAAGAGUAUUGGUUUCUGUUCUAUAUAUAUAACAACAAUUAUUGUUGCGCAACAGUAUCUAAUAAUUAUCAUUGAGGAAUGUUCAA